GGACAGCAGCAGCUGCAAAAGCAUUUAACGGUAUUCCAUGAACAAUGACACUUGGGGUGUCCAAGGCCUGAACGACACAGAGAUUGGGGAUUGUUAAACAGGAAGCCGGUGUGGAAGUUUUCUCCCUCUUCAACGGACAAAGUCUGUAAAGAUGCACUGGAGUAAAACGUGGGACCCUCGAGCAGAGCAUGCGUCUGAAUCUAAAGUCUAGUUCGGAUUUUACUUCAGGAGACGAGCAGCUUUCCUUCUUAACUCGGGCAGGAUUGCGAGAGCGGAAUGUAUGUUGACGGUCGUUCCUGGCGACUGAAGCGAGUGAAGAAGUUGGGCGGUCUUGCUCCAGUGACUAACACAUUGCUCUGCUGGACUGCUUAGGGUGAAGGACGACCGUUAAAGAAGCAGAAAUGGAUGUAUUUGGUGGUGCACCACGUUUCUUAGCCUAUCCGAGACCAGUAAUGGUACAAAGUGGAACUGAUGCAGUCCUCAAGUGUCAAAUUGGAGGUGAUCCGCGGCCUGCCGUUAUCUGGGAACGGAACAAUGAAAAGAUUGAUCCACAGGGAAGGUAUAGGGUCUUUGAGGACGGCAAUGUGUACAAUCUGAUAAUUUCAGCCGUUACCAUCGAGGAUAGUGGUCAGUACAUAUGCAAAGCAAAGAACAGCAUUGGAGAAACAUACGCAGCCGCCACACUAAAAGUAGAAGGCGAAGCACAGGAGAUGGAGUUUCGAGAAGAAAACAAGCCUCGAUUCCUCAUCAAGCCCCUCUCCACUCGUGUUGGUCGAGGGGACGAUGCUGUCUUCUCAUGUAAGCUUUGGGGGAACCCACGGCCAGAGGUUGUUUGGGAAAAGGAUGGUAGAAAACUCAAUGAAAUAUUUGAAAGCACACAUUUCAGUGUGGGCUACCAGGACGGUGGAUGGUUUCAGCUCAAGAUCUUUAAGACUCGUGCUCCAGAUGGUGGGGUGUACACGUGCAAAGCUAGAAACGAAUUUGGAGAAGCGCUGGCAGGAGCUGUGCUGCUGGUGGAUGCGGGUCCAGGACACGAGGAGGAAGGAAAUCGUAACGGCUACACAAAUGGCCACUGGAAAGUCCACCAGGGAAAACAAAGGAGUGGAAGGCAAGUGCCUAACAGACUGAAAGACGACACCAUGACCAAGUCAACUAAAGUAAAGAUGUUUGCAGUGACAGAGGGCAAACACGCCAAAUUCCGGUGCUUUGUGACUGGUAAACCCAAACCAGAAAUAAUCUGGAGGAAAGACGGGAGGCUUAUACUGUCUGGAAGGCGUUACCUUUUGUAUGAAGACAGAGAAGGAUACUUCACACUUAAAGUCCUGUACUGUAAACAAAAAGAUAACGGAGUUUAUGUUUGUGCUGCAUCAAACACUGCAGGGCAAACCCUCAGUGCUGUACACCUCUCCGUCAAAGAGCCGCCUGUGCGGUUCAAGCAGCCCCUGAUUGAUCUUGAAGUAUGGGAACGAGACUUGGCCAUCCUCGAGUGUGAAGUUCCAGAGGACUCUGUCCCCAUCACAUGGUAUCUGGAGGACAGACGACUACAGCCUGGGGCCAAAUAUGGAAUGGAGGAGUGGGGAACAAAACGACGACUCACAAUUCGUGACAUCGGAGUUGAUGAUGAUGGGAUUUACCUUUGUGAGAUGCCUGAUGGUGGCAGAAGUAUUGCAGAGGUAGCUGUGAAAGGAACAAUUUUGCGGAAGCUUCCAAGAAAGGUGGAUGUCCUGGAGGGUGAAAACGCUGCCUUUUGUGUUGAAGUUGAAAAAGAAGAGAUGGACAUCCAUUGGUACAAAGAUGGCGUAGAACUGCGUGAAACCCAUCAGACCAUACUUAAGUCGUUCGGUCGAACUCACAUCCUGGUUUUUGUCAAUACCAUGCCCCAAGAUUCUGGUCUUGUGACUUUCCUCGUAGGCAGAUCCAAGACCUCCUCUCAGCUAAGAGUGAAAGCGGCCAGACAUUGUCCUCCUAGUUGUCCAGUUGGUGUGCAGAUCAACACAGAGCGUGCUAAUGCAGCUCUUCUCUCAUGGGUACCAGCUCAGGACUCACGGAAGAACCCUCCGUCUGGAUAUGUGCUUGAGCGUCAAGAAGUGGGCACCGGUUCACAGGAGUGGCUGCAGUGUCUGACCACUGACUCUGCAACGUCUGUGGAGAUCCUUGGCGAUAGUGUCCCAUGUGAGGCAGAUUAUCGCUUUCGAAUUUGCAGCGUAAACAAAUAUGGAAAGAGUAACAAUGUUGAGUUUCCUAGAACUGUUCACUUAGUUCCAGUGGCCAGAAUACAAGCUCCCUUACAAGAUGCAUUGGUCCCAGAGGGGCAGGAUGCCCUCUUCUCUAUUGAACUCUCUGCAUCGGUUAUUGGUACGUGGUUCCUAAACGGGACUCAGCUUCAGGAGGAUGAGCGUUAUUCAAUGCGGCGGUCACGAACACACCAAUCUCUUCGUAUUCGAGGAGUAUGUGACAUAGACAAUGGAGCAGAAAUCACAUUUAUUGCCUAUGGCAUUCGGGAUUCUGCAGCACUCUACAUUCAAGCUCCCCUUGUCAAGUUUUCACCACUUUCUGAAAUGGAUCGAAACAAAUUUGUAGAAAUGGGGAACCCCAUUGUGCUGUACUGCGAGCUGUCAGACCCUGAAGCUCCAGUGCACUGGUACAAGAAUGGGCUAGAGUUACAAACAAUGGAGGGUCUUCAUAUCCAAUCAGAGGGCACCAUGAGACGAAUUGUCAUCCAGUCAGCAGAGUUCUCACAUUCAGGAGUGUAUUGCUGUGAUGCCAUAGAUGACGUCAUCCGGUUCAAUGUGGAAGUAGAGGCCCCACCUGUGAGGUUUUCAGCAAUUCCAGUUGCUGAGAAGAACAAAACCAUCCAAACUGGCUGCCCCAUUGUUUUACAAUGUGAGCUGUCAGAUCCUUCUGCCCAGGUGCAGUGGUACAAAGACGGGUCAAAACUCCAUCCUGAGUGUGGAGUAGAUAUCAUAACUGACGGCUCGAUGAGGAAACUAAUUGUCCAUUCAGCAGAAGUUUUCCACUCUGGUUUAUACUGCUGCAAGACAAAGGGUGACACCGUCACAUUCAGUGUGGACAUCAAAGCUCCACCCAUGAAGUUCUCAGCUAUUCCUGAAGAUAUGAGGACCAAGUCAAUCGAAGCAGGCUGCCCUAUUGUAUUCCAGUGUGUGGUUUUGGAGCCUGAGGCCCACGUUUCCUGGUACAAGGACGAAAGGCAGCUCGUUUCAAACAGUGGAUUAGAGAUCCAUUCAGUGGGGAACACGAGGACAUUAGUUGUUCAGUCUGCAGAGCUGUGCCACUCUGGUGUGUACAGAUGCACCACACAGGAUGAUACCAUGGAGUUUCAAGUGGAGAUCAAAGCUCCGGCGUUACCGUUGUUACCCUCACCAACGGUUGUGGAUGCGAAGUCGAUGGAAACAUCCCGCCCCACUGAACCAGACGGUGAAACAUCAGACCCUGUGUUCCAAGAGUCAUUACAGAGGGAUACAGAGCCUGAUUCUAAUUCAGAGCCUGGUUUUGAAAUUGGAGGAAUCAAGAAGACCCUUGUUAUUGAACCAUCUCAUCCUUCAAACUCUGGAGCGUACUAUUGUGCAACUGCAGAUGAUGUUGCCCAAUUAAUAGUAAACAAUCAAGAGCCGCCUCCAACAUAUCUGCUUGACCCCGACGUUGAGAAGUCAGCUGAAGCACACAGCGCAAUUGUUCAGCAAUUUGAGAUUUCAGAUCCCAUUGCCAAAGCCUGUUGGUACAAAGAUGGAACCCAGAUCUACCCAAAAAGAGAAGCUGACCAUGAAUCACAGACCAGCAGCCAAAUCGUUCCCGUCCAGUCACAAAACUACUCUGAUGAUAGGACGUUUGGAGACACACAGUUAAAUGAGGACGUGAAAGCAAAGCAGUGUCACUAUGGUGACGAGAUUGAUGAGAUAGCUGAUUCAUCUGGCCAAUACACUGUGGAUGUCGAAGCUGCAUCGCCAAGGCUCUCUUCUGACCAAGAGAAGAACAAGUCCACUGAGGAGGCUUAUCCUGUUGACGUUAUCCAGAGGUUCUCAAAGUGCAGUUCUGGCAAGGCUGGAGAUACUGAGACAUGUGAAGAGCAUAUGCCAACAACUCAGUCAAUACAUGAAUAUAUGACUGAGUGUGUUGAAACUAAACAGCCAAAGGAGUUGUCUGGCAAUCAACAAAUAACAAAGGCCGAAUCUCCGCUGGACUCUUACUCUGUAAAGACAACAACACCAACGCAGACUGACACUCACAAUCACACUAACCAGGCCAUGAAGUCACAAGGUGAGGAAUUCAUUUACUGUAUAGCGCAUACAGAAGAUCCAUCAGGAGAACUUGAUAAUUACCUGCAGUCGUCCGUCCAGAGAGAUGAGUUUUGUAAUAUUUUGAAAACGUCAACUGUUGAAUCAGAGGAAUCCGCUCUCAAGGCUCAAACUGUCCAUUCGGAGGCGCUACAUUGUUCAGUAGAUGUUCUGACUGUCCAGUCAGAGCUAGGUAACCUCCCACAGACCUCUACUACUAUGACAGAGUACCCUUCUACAGAGAUUUCAGACAAGUUCUGUUACUCCUUAAAAAGUACUUCUCAAACUGAGGAGCAUUUUGAAUCCUUACAGACUGCUGAUGUCAACUCAGAGGAGCAAUGUGGCUCCAUAGAGACGUUUCCUUCCUUUCCAGAGAAACAUCUUGAUUGCUUACAAACUGAAACCCUCGCUUCUGUGGGGCCCUGUAACUCUUUAUGGAGCAGCCAAUCAGAGGAGUUAAAUACAACACAGACAUCUACUGUCCUGUCAGAGAAGCUCAGUGAUGUCCUUAACUCAACAUCCCUGGACUUGUGUAACCUUAAAGAGGCAAAAACUUCCCAAACUGAACAUUGCAUCUUUGGGCAGUCUUUAUACGUCAGACUGGAUGACCCCCAUCACACAGGACAAACAAUAUCUAAUCAUUCAGAGGUCCUGUGUCAGUCCAGUCAGGAAGAAACAGACCAAGCAGAGUGCCAUCCUGUCAUGGAGACCACAGAAGAUCAAGUACACAGUACAGUUCACUUUGGGCAAACAUCAUCUAACCACUUUGCAGAGCCUUCCUAUAUCAAGCAGCAAUCUACAGUUCACUCAGAAGGGAUCUAUCUGUCAAGGACAUGCGACAGUGACUGGAGUGACAGUGUCACUGCUAAUAAGGUGGCUGUUGAAGCUCCGCCUAAGAGAGUUACGGCACUUAAUGACACUGAGAGGAACAAGUCUGUUGAAGUUGGUGAACCCAUAGUGCUGCAGUGUGAGAUAUCACCUCCUAAUGCGCCAGUUACUUGGUACAAGGAUGGAUUAAAACAACUUGAAGGAACCGGGCAAGACAUGGUGGCAGAGGGUUCCAUAAGAACACUGGCUUUCCAGUCAGCGAUGCAGUCUCAUACAGGGACUUACAGCUGCAACACAACUGAUGAGGCGGUGCAGUUUCAUGUGGAUGUUAAAGCACCACCUCUGACUUUCUCACCCAUAUCUGAGGCUGACCAGACAAUGACAGUCAUAGCCGGCUGUCCCAUAGCUCUGCAGUGUGAGCUAUCAGACCCAAGUGGACAAGUCAGUUGGUACAAGGAUGGAACAAAGCUCCUACCUCAAAGUGGAGUAUGCAUCCAAUCAAAGGGAAAUUUGAGGAGUCUAUUUGUCCCAUCAGCUGAGCGGGUUCACACUGGUGUAUACCGUUGUGAGUCAAAGGAUGAUGAUAUCCAGUUUGCUGUGGAAGUAAAAGCUCUAGCAGUCCCUGUGAAGUUCUCAGAGUUGGAAGAGAAGGACAAGAACAAGUCCGGUCAGGAAGGCGCUCCCAUUGUCUUAAGCUGUGAACUCUCUCACGAUCCUUCUGCUCAUGUCGACUGGUUUAAGGAUGGGAUGAAACUUCUGCCAUACAACAAUGUGGAAAUAAAGUCAGAUGGUCUGACAAGGACUCUACUCAUCUCUUCAGCUGAAACCAUACACACUGGUACAUACGAAUGUUCAACAUCAGAUGACAUCAUCACCUUUAAAGUGGAUGUAAAAGGCCGAUUGCCACACAUCAUGCCAAUCCCACCGUCAGAAAAAUACAAGAUGGUUGCAUUUGGUUGUCCAAUUAUCCUCCAGUGUGAGGUCUCAGACCCUGUUGCCCAGGUUUCCUGGUUUAAGGAUGAGGUGGAGCUUUUCUGCAAAACAGGCCUUGAUAUGAAAAGAGAUGGCAGCCUCAGAAAAUUAACCGUUCAUUCAGCCAAGGUCUCUGACUCUGGCCUCUACAGCUGUAGUCUCGCUGGUGAUGUUGUGACAUUCCAUGUGGACGUCGAAGCUACUCCUGUGAGGUUUUCAUCCCUUCCAGAGGUCGCAGUAAACAAAUUUGUUGAAGCAGGCUGUCCAGUAAAGCUGCAGUGUGAAGUGUCAGAGCCAGAUGCCCAAGUCUAUUGGUACAAAGAUGGAAAACAGCUGCUUGAAGGAAGCGAAUACGAAAUCCAAACAAAAGAAAAACUGAGAAUGCUGGUAAUUCAGUCAGCAGAAGUCAGACACUCUGGGUCGUACAGCUGUAAGGCCGCAGAUGACCACAUAGAAUUCAAGGUGGAUGUUGCAGCACCGCCGUUAACGUUUGUGGAUCUCCCAGAGAAAGACCUUUUGCAGAGCAUUGUGGAGAAGGAGCAGCUCGUUCUGUCAUGUGAGGUAUCAAGAGCUGACGGCAUCGUUCAAUGGUACAAAGAUGGAACUGAAAUGCAACCAAGCAAUAGUGUUACAGUGCAAGCAGAGGGCACCAAAAGGAAUUUGAUUAUACAUUCAGCCCAACUGUCUGACUCAGGCACGUACACAUGCCGUGCAGGAGACAACAUUUUAAUCUUCAAGGUUAACAUUCGAGAACCUCCUGUGAUGAUAGUCUAUCCCAAAGAGGAUGUCCACCUUGACCGUCAUGUCCCUGAGGAAAUUAUCCUGAGCUGUGAGCUGUCUUGUCCCAAUGGUGUAGUCAGCUGGUACAAAGAUGGCCAAAAACUUCAAGAGAGCGAGAACAUCAAGCUCAAGAUAGAGGGUCCGUAUCGGCGACUUAAGAUUCUUUCCAGUGGCGUUGAAGAUUCUGGAGAAUAUGUUUGUGAUACAGCUGAUGACUCGAUAUUCUUUCACCUCAGUAUAACAGAACCUCCAGUACACAUUGUAUCUCCAAGUCAGUCCCAAAUGGAACUGUGCCAGCAGACCUCAGAGAGGAUGGUCCUGAGCUGUGAGAUCUCACGUCCCAACGCAGUGGUGCGCUGGUAUCGCGAUGGACUUGAGGUGGAGGAGAAUGACAACCUCAUUCUAGAGGUGGAUGGGGUUUACAGACGUCUUAUAAUACCUGAAACCACUGUCAAGGAUUCAGCAGAAUAUGUGUGUGACACAACGGAUGACUCCAUGACAUUCUUUGUGAACAUAGCAGAGCCUCCCGUUUGCUUCAUACGUCCACGGAAGAUGGCGAGCAGAGUAACGAAAAAGGCCGGGAAGAGUCUGGUUCUAGACUGUGAAGUUUCAAGAUCAAAUGCGGAAGUCACCUGGAAGAAGAAUGGGGAAGAGGUAGAAGACUCCAGAAAUAUCACUGUACUCGAGGAUGGAGUCACGCGUCAGUUAAUCAUUCACUCCCUAACAGUCGAGGACGCUGGGCAGUACAUCUGCGAUGCAAAGGACGACGUGAUGGAUUUCAGUGUAAACGUUCAAGAGUUGCCUGUGAAGAUUAUUGGAAAAACAGAUGCAAAAACAGAAAAGCAGUUUUUGGUAUCAGACGAUAUCAUUCUGGUGUGUGAACUCUCAAGAACCAACGCCCCUGUCAGUUGGUACAAAGAUGGUCAUCUGAUUGAUGACACCGAACGAUACUGUACCGAGGUGCAAGGUGUUUUCCGAUCACUGGUUGUCCUGAAUGCUGGGCUCGAGGAUUCUGGGGAGUACACCUGCGACGCUGUUGAUGAUAAGAUGAUCUUCUAUAUCACUGUCAAAGAACCUCCUGCGCAAAUCAUUGGAAACUCAGGCCACCCAGAGCAUCAUAUACUAGUAGCAGGAGACGACCUCAUUUUGGAGUGUGAAGUGUCUCGGCCGAGCGCCACCGUCGAGUGGUUAUGGAACGGCGAGAUUCUGAAACCAGACACUCGUAUAAAAAUUGACAGCUAUGAUGUUGUGAGGAAGCUUGUUCUCUCUGGACUCCAGCCCUCAGAUUCAGGAGAAUACAUUUGUGACGCCAUCGAUGACAAACUGAUAACUAUCGUUGAAGUCCAAGAGCCACCAGUUACGUUUGUGAAUAAAAAAGCAAAUAAUAACAUCCUGGCCCAUGAAAAUGAGAGCGUCACACUGAGUGCCAUUGUGAGCCGUGAAAGCGCAAACAUUCAGUGGCUGAAAGAUGGCCAGCUACUGAACACUGAGGAAAACAUUUUCAUCUCCAGCGAGGGCGACACCCACAAGCUCACCAUUAAUCCUCUGCAGCUGUCAGAUUCAGGACAAUAUGUCUGUGAUGUUAAAACAGAUGAAAUGUAUUUCAAUCUUUUAGUCAAAGAAAUGAAGGUGAAAUUUAUCAGAAAACUGGAGAAUACUGUGUCUCUGAAGGGCAAAGCCCUGACGUUACAAUGUGAGAUCAACACGCCCAAAGGAGACGUCCAGUGGCUAAAAGACGGCAAAGAGAUCACUCCAAGCCGUCAGUACACAAUACGGGCACAAGGACGAGAGCGCAUUUUUACCAUCCAGCAGCUCGGGGAGGAAGAUGCUGGAGAAUACGCCUGUGAAUCCACAGAUGACAGGACCACAGCUGUUGUCACUGUCACAAUUCCACAUGUUGUUGAGUUUGUAGCAGAGCUUCGUAAUAUCACCGUGUGUGAAGGAGAAGAUGCCGUUUUUAGGUGUGUGGUUUCACCAGAGGACACUAAGCUGGCGUGGCGCUUAAAUAACAGACCAGUAGCUCUAAACGGGCGCGCGGUCGUUUCCAGCAAUGGACUGUGCCACAUGCUCUGCAUCAACAACUGCAUGGUUUCAGAUAGCGGCAGAGUGACAGCUGAUGCAGAAGGUUUGGUAUCAGAAGCAGAACUCCAGGUUCAAGAGCAACAGGUGCUGUUCACCAAGAAAAUGACACCGGUUGUAGCUGAAGAGUACAGCGAUGCAACUCUGGAGGUGGAGGUGAGUGUUGAUUCAGGAGAGGUACAGUGGAUGAGACAAGGGGUGCUGAUCCACCCCGGGGCCAAGUACACUCUGAAGCACACGGGCCGAAAACACAGCCUCACUCUCCACAACCUGGCCACGUCCGACCGGGGCACCUACAGCUGUGAAACGCUUCAUGACUGCACGCAAGCCCAGCUCACAGUGGAAUCUCGAAAGAUCACAAUAAAAAGAGGCCUGACUGACAUUAAAACCACAGAGAGGGAAACGGCUUCUUUUGAGGUGGAGUUGUCCCAUCCCAACGUCCCCGGCACCUGGAUCAGAAACGGAAUCCAACUGAAGCUCACCAAUCACUUCCGUAUGAGCUCCAAAGGACGAGUGCACAGCCUCACCAUCUCCAACCUGUCAGUGGAAGACACUGGCACCUUCGUGUUCUGUGCAGACAAUCUGAAAACGUCUGCAAGGCUUGUAGUGAAAGAGCCUCCAGUGACCAUUUUCAGAAAACUAGAGGACCAGAAAUUCCCUGAAGGGGCCGUCGUCUCCAUUGAGUGUGAGCUGUCAAGACACAACGUCAAUGUGAAAUGGACGAAGGAUGGGGUUGAAAUGAAGCCGAGUAAGGACUUGCGUAUUUAUGCCAUGGGAAGGAAACGAUUUCUUCAGAUCAUGAAAUGCCGUGUCAGUGACUCUGGGAUUUAUACCUGCGACGCCGGGGAUGCAACUACAUCCUGCACUGUGGAGGUCUACGAGCGUGAGCUGGUGAUGGUGCACAGCCACGAGGACCUGGUCAUCCAGGAAGAUCAGAACGCUGUGUUUGUUUGUGAGGUCUCUGUGGAGGACGUUCCAGGGGAAUGGUACAAAGAUGGAGAACUGAUCCAACCCACCAGCUCCAUCAAGAUCCGCCAGGAAGGGACUAAACACUUCCUCCUUAUGUGCAAUGUGCGAGCCGAAGACUCCGGAGAGAUCAAGUUUGUUGCCAGACACGUUGAAUCUGUUGCUUUCCUGGAGGUGGAAGAGCUUCCUGUCAACAUAGUCAAACCUCUGACGGAUAAGACGGCUCUCGUGAGGACUCGUGUGAUCCUGGACUGCACGGUGUCGAACCCCAGGUGCAGUAUCCGCUGGUACAAAGGCAGCAACGUCAUCCUGCCCUCGGAGCGCUUCGAGAUCUGCAGCGAGGGCUGUUAUCGCAAGCUGAUCAUCCAGCAGGUGGCGCUGGAGGACGAGGGCACAUACAGCGUGCAGGUUGGAGAGUACACGUGCUCUGCAAAACUGACAGUGGAGGCCAACUGUGUGCUGAUGGUCAGAGAGCUGAAAGAUGUGGAGGUCGCGGCCCCAGACGAAGCCUGCUUUGAAUGUGAGGUGUCAGACCCCGUCCUCAGGUCCCCAGUGUGGAGUCUGAAUGGGGAACCGUUGCAGCCUGGCCCCCGCGUACACCUGGAGAAGAUGGGCACCGUCCACAGGCUGACACUCAGGCAAACCUCCCCAGAGAUGAGUGGAGAGGUGGAGUUCACGUCUGGGAAAGCGAAGAGCAUAGCCCGGCUUCAUGUUCAGGGUCCUCCUUAACGUCCCUUAUCUGCCACCGUCUGAUCGACAUGGAUGGAUCCUAUUGACACUGACGCUGCUUAUGUGACUUAGAAACAUGGCUGCGAUUGAUCUUCAUGCGAUUUUCAUUUAAUUAUCUCAUAACUUUAAGAAACCUCUGUUCACAGAGGACGUGACGUUUUAUUUUUGUGGAAGUGUGUGAACGUGAUUUGGCUGUGAGUGGGUCAUGAUAGCUUAAGGUGAAUGUGUAUUUUUGUGUGCGGUUAGAUCAAUACAAUCCACAUUAAAGUCCCAUAUUGUAGUCAAGUCUGAGGCCAUACAGUAGCAAAACCAACUUUCUUAAACUCAUGUUUAUACAUAAAUGAUCUAUUUAAAAACUACUUGAGAGGUUUGUGUCUUGGUUCUUUGUCCAGAACCAAACUUAGACUUAGAGGUUUUACAGAGCCUAUAAAAAACCCUUGGACGUAUAAUUAAUGGAAUCAUGAUCAAUGUAAUUUGCUUUAGUGCUCUAGUGUCUGAGUGAAGACAGAUUUUUAGAUGAGACAUAACAGAACAACUAUUGUUCUUCAACAAGUUCCUCACGAGUCAAAGACACAGGAGACUGAAGUUCAACUCAAAUGAUGUUCUUUAGUCAAAUUAGACCUUAAUGCAGUGGUUUGUUUUCAGACUGGACGUUAUGUCCCUAAACACAGAGAAACACUGGUCCCAUGGUGAAGCAUGGUGGUGGCAGCAUCAUGGACGGCUCGUAAAGGUGGAGGGUGAAAAAGUUAAAUCCACACAGACCCAGUGAUGAGUUGAGUGGGCAACAAUGUGUGUGAACACAUAUACAAGCACUUAUUUUACAUUAUAUAUAUUUAAAUAAUGGUCAUUACUUUGUAGAAAUCUGUUUUCACUUUGACAUGAAAGUAUUUUUGUAAACUCUUGUCAAAAAAGCCAAAACAUAUUGACCCUGAUUCCAUGAAAAAGCAGGUGAAUCAUUUUAAAAUGCUCUUUUUUUUUAAACCUGAUUUGCACCCCAUAUAUCAUGUCAGAGCAUGGGUUUGUGUGGCUGCAUGAGCUAUUACCACUAAGGUCACGGGAUUUUAUCACUUAUUCAUUUGUAAAGAAACAGUUUUUUUAUGUUGUGGUGAAAUGUUUGGAUGGAGGAAAUUCUGUCUAGUAGCACAGGGCUUGUAAUGUAAAUACAUUGGGCCAAAAAUGAGGUAAUUUAGGAAAGAAAUAAGAUU